AUGAAGCUCAGUGGCAUAAUCGUAAAUAUUUUGAAGUGGGAUUUUUGGUUAAAAGACGGAAUUGCCCCCGUCUCUCUCACACUCUCUCUCUCCCGCGCGUCCUCUCUCUCUCCUCUGGUUCGCGACCGCCACCACAGCCGGCCACGUUUUGGCCGGCCGUUCAGUCAUCCGGCCACCACUCGGGUCGGGACCGGUCCCAAAAUGACCGGCCUGACUCCGCCGUCCUACCCCACCUGUUCUCCGACGUCAGCCGGCAGCGAUACCGCCGGAAAGUGCAGAAAAACGGCCGGUUUUUACCCAGAUUUUCCGGAGCUCGUUCCGGCGAUUCCGGCCACCAAAUCUUGCGAUCAAGGUAUGCGUAGGCAACUCGAUUUACGAAUUGGGUUUCGGCCGGAUUUCGGGAUGAGAUUCCGGCCACUUCCGGUCAGAUUUUGGGGUAUGCCCAAGAACAAAAGUGGCUCAGAAUAG